GCGUGCCUAUUGGUAGGAAUUAUAUAGGAUGCGCAAUUAAUUAAGUUCAAACAUGUUCAAGAAAAUCUCCAACCAUGGAAAAAUAAUCGAUCGCAGGUGCCACUGCAAAGGACAUCUUGGAAAUGAUCUGCAGUUGAUGAGCACGGACUCCGUGACGAAUUACGGAAUAAUGACCACGCGCAAGUGCACGGGCGAACUAAAUCCACAAACUGUGAAGAUAAAAACUUUAAUUAAUCGUGGAACUUUGGUGCUGCACAAAUGUCACUGCAACUCGCAACUGCUGCAGAUCAUCGAUUUAAUAAACUACGGAAUCGUGGUUAACUGUGUGAGCCACUGCAAGUUGGUUAAGGAAGAAGCCCCCAAACCCAAUGGAGCCCCCGAAAAUACGGUUAAAAUCGGUCCUUUGGAAGUAAUUUUGACUUGUAAGCCAAAAGUCAUGGAGGUGCCCCCCAUUAAACAACUAAAUACUCCAAACAGUAUUAAACUUAAUACCCCAAGAGAACUUACACAACCCAAGGAAAAAAAGUUUGGAGCGAUAAACACUAUAAUAAAAAAACCAGUGGAAUCGUCUCUUGCAAUGGGUGUUUCGCUAAAUCAGCUGGAUUUAAAUAAACCAAAACAACUGGUAUAUCGUGCAGUGGAAACCUUGAAACUACCGGCAAAUAAACCACAACAGAACAAUUUAUUGACACCAAUCAAUCCACGAAAACGAUCAAUUCAAACCCUACAGGCUGUAACCACAGAGCGCCCGGAAAAAUCGGUCAGCCAAGAUUUAAAGUCCUCAAACAAACCGUAUAAAAAACCAAUGGAAACCACGGUUAGUCCGCCUAAAAAGCUUCUUAAAACUCGUUCCCCACAGGACCCACAUCCACUUCAAACUCCAAACAGUCAAAUUUAUGCGCCUGUAGCACUUACAAAUAUGGAAACAAAUAUAUUCACAUCAAACAAUAUAAUUAAAAGCGGAGUGGCAUCGACCUCAAAACUGGGUGUUUCGCUAAAUCAGCAGAAUGACCCAAAAACGCCAUUAAAACUACCGGAUGGUAAACCAAAAACGAAAGAUCCGCUACAACGUCCAAUGGAAAAUCCUCAAAAUCAAAAAAUUGUAACCACAAAGCGUCCGGGAAAAUCUGUCAGCCAAGAUUUAAAUUCCUCAAACAAUUUAUUAAAGCGCCCGAUGCAAACCGCCGGUAAUCCGACUAAAAAGUUUUGUUCAACUCGUUCCCCACAGGUUCCACAUCCACUUCAAACUCCAAAUAGUCUGGCUAAUGCGCCAAGAGAAAUCACAAAAACCCCCAAAAAAAAUGUAAUCACUCCAAACGCUAUUAUAAAAAGUGAAGUAGAAUCAUCGAAAAGACUGGGUGAUUCGCCAAAUCAGAAGGUUUUAAUCACUAAGAAAACCAUACAGAUUGAUUUUGUUUCAGAAAACAAAUCAAUAAAACGUGUAAUGGAGUUCACUGCAAUCCUGAAAAAUCCACAAAACCAACUAGUUGCAUCCAAAGAGCACCAAGAAAAGUCAGUCAGCAAAGACUUAAUUUCCUCAAACAAUCAGUUGAAGCGCGCAAUGGAAAUAGCGGUUAAUUUGCCAAAAAAUCAUCGUUCGACUGGAUCUCAACAGGAUUUACGACCAUCUACUGUGGGGGACAAUCCAGUCCAGAAUCCAGGUCCACUUCAAAUGUGCAGUCUUUGCGCGAAGGGAUUGCAGGAACAUUUCAAAAAUUUCCGAUUCGCAGGCAGAAUUCGGUGCACUUUCUGCUUAAACGCUAAACCAAACAAAACUGAACUCAAGAAGCACAUGGACACCUGCCAGCAGGAGGAAAAGCCCUACAAGUGUACGGCAUGUCCAUUUAAAUCCAACAAAAAAUCGAGUCUUAUUGGUCACCAAGGAACUUGCUUUCACCGAAGAGCCACCAAAGAUUAUCUAAAUCAAUGCUUGGCAGGAAAUCAUUGCAGUAACUAAAAAGACUUUGGUCUUCUGAACCAUCGAUUUGGUUUCAUUCGAACUUUAAACGCUUAUAUAAAGAUUAAGCGUAAAUAAGUUCAUAAUUUACUUUACUUUGAUAAUUUUAUCUAUAAAAUUGUCCCAAAUAAUUUUCCUCAUGAUAAGAUUUUUGGUAUUUCCCUUACCUGUCAUAACCAAGAAGAUCAAAUUUGAAAAAAUA